AGAAUAACUCUUAUCGAGUAUAAAACGCCACGGGGUCCGUGCCAUCUGACAUUAUUGGAGAAAUAUUUCUAUCCGAGUCGUUCAUCCCGCAGUAAAUUGGAAGAAUGGGAACGAAAUAUAUUUUUGGCGUGGCGGCCAUCCUUCUGAUCGUGGCUAUUUCGGGAAACCACGCUCAGAAUGGGGCGCCGUGUCAUGCGAGCAUUUUCGAUUUCACACCACGCCAUACCCUCAACAUUACCAGGUACAUGGGGAAAUGGUACGUGCACGAAGUUGCCGGCAGCCACAUUGGCAAUUUUCCUCCCCCAGUUUACAAAUGCUACACGAUCGACCUCAGCCUUCCCAACCCGGACGAUGUUCUCAACAUCGAAGGGGUCGACAAUUUCAUUAAUCUGAGUGACGGUGAAGCAAUCCAGUUUCGUAACACUUUUGCUGUGAACGACACGCGCAGUCCGUUGAGUUCGAUGUGGACGUUGACAGACGAGGAGGGGACCAACGCACAAGUAAUUAUCAUGUCGGCUGACCUCGAGUUCCAAGCUUGGACGAUCAUCUACUCCUGCUCGCACCAGGGACCGGACAACUACCGCUACGAAAUCCUGAUGGCCAUGACCCGCACCCCCAACAUCCCUCCAGACCUGAGACAAUUCCUCAAAGCCCUCAUGGUCGGGCAAGGAUUCAGGAUUGGAGACCAUCACUCCGUCAACCAAACGGAAUGCUGAGGCCAAGUUGUGACAAUGUGGAGGAACGGGUUCAAUUCAAAAUUCUAAUGAUCGACUUGUCAGUUUUUAUUUCGAUUCGAUUGGAAAUAUAUAUAUACAAAUUUUAUCAGAUUGA